UUGCCCUAGACCUGAGGUCUGGGUCUGAGCAGGGAGAUACGGCCACUGGCACUGCUGCAGAGGACGUGCACUACUGAAUCUACAGCCUAAAGCCUCACAGAGAGAGAGAGAGAAAGAGAGAGAGGGGGGAGAUGAGCUGUGCUAGAGUCCAGUCUUGCUCCGGGACGGUAGACUGACUGAAGCUGCUGGUAGUUUUACAGCUGUGCAUCUCUGUCGCUCUGGAGUCAUGAGCUCAAAGGGGACGAAUCUCCAUAACAAACGUCUGCCGUCUGAGACAGAACAUGCGCAGAGAGUCCCGGACGCAGAUUCGACCCAGCAAAUGAGGCUGAGAGAGAGACAACGAUUCUUUGAGGAGGUGUUUCAACACGAUGUGGAUGUCUACCUUUCCUCUGCACACCUGCAGAUAGAUUAUAAGAGACCUCCCUUGGGAAGUAUUUCAUCAAUGGAGGUGAACGUCGAUAUGCUAGAGCAGAUGGACCUGAUGGACAUCUCUGAUCAGGAGGCCUUGGAUGUCUUCUUCAGUGCCAGCGGAGAGGAAGGAUCACUGACAUCCCCUCUUCCAGCUCUUGGCCACACUGAUGUAGAAGAGGAUGGAUUGAGGAGAAAUGACGUGUCCUUGAGAAUUUCUGACCCUUGUGAGAUCAAAUCCCGUAUGUUGUCCACUUCCUCCAACUCCACCUGUGACAGUCAGGCCUCCAAUGAGGACGGAUCAAACACUCCUGUCGUCCAAUCAGAUGAUGAAGACGUGCAUGAAGAUAGCCUGUUACGAACAGGUGCGGCCACAGCCAACGAUGCCACAAAAGACCAGUCUGCUCUCUCUCAUUAUAAACUGCCUUCUCAUUAAUUACUGACCAUUUGGGAAGUGUACUAACAUGUCUUGGUUGAGACUGUUUCAUGGGUGGGUUGACUGGUUUUAGCCAUAAAUCAAUCUACCAAAGACCUUUGUGAAUGCUUGUGAAAUUCAACUCAUUUAAGGCCCCUAUUUCGUCACACUGGGAGUGUCACGCUUUGACAGACCUGCAUUUUUGUAUUGCCACUUGCAUCUUACCAACAUUUUACUGUAUCUUUUGCACUGGCAAUAUAGGUUUAUAAAUAUACACAUCACCAAUAUUUUGCAAUGCUCUUUACAAAGACUGAUACUGCUCUGUAGAGAGACUAAAUGCAUCACCAUUUUGAAUUAAGGUGGUGAGUCACAUGAAAACAUUUAUAAUAUAUAAAUAUAAAAUUAUAUUUUGCUUAAAGAAAAUUAAGCUUCUUCUGUAUAACAUUAAAGGGAAUGUUCACCCCCCCAAAAAUGAAAAUUGUUAUCAUUUACUCAUCCUCAUGUGGUUCUUAACAAGACUUUCAUUCAUCUUACAAACACAAAUGUAGAUAUUUUUAAUGAAACCUAAGAUAUAAGAAGCCAUGAAACCAUAAGAAACCAUGCAAAAGUUUGAAGAUGCAAAAGGUCAAAAAGGCAUCGUAAAAUUAAUUCUUAUGAAUUGAGCAGUUUAAUUCAAGUCACAAUUGCUUUAUAUGAUAAACAGAUUUAAUUUAGGUGUCUGACUUUUUCUUAUCAAUGUGUAUAGAGCACAUCAAAUAUGGUAAACAAGGAAGCUGAGAUGUGAAUAAACUGCAUUGGGUUCUUGCCUGUCACAUGCACAUUUGCGUAUCUGGGAUUGUCAUAUUGGAUGUGCUUUAUGUAUUUGUGUCAGCCAUUGUUUACAUAAAACAUUUCUAUAUAAAGUGGUUGCAUCCCUUCAAAAAACUUGGAUUAAAUGGUUCAAUUCAAAUGGACUAGUUUCAUGAAACAUUUACGACCUUGUAGAUUAUUAAAAGUUUUGGAUUCGUGCACUUUGUGUUGUGAAGAUGAAUGAAAGUCUUAUGGGAUCAGAAGGGCAUGAGGGUGAGUAGAUGGAGAAAGAAUUUGAAUUUUUAGGUGAGCUAACUAUUUAAGUUUUUUGCAUCUUUACAUUAUUUUACAUGUAUUUUUUGGGGGGAUUUUCUUUUGUAACUUAAUGGUGAUUUUUAUUAGAUUAUUAGAUUUUUCGUUUUUUAAAUUUUUAUUUAUUUAAAACAACAUAGAAGGCAAUACAACAGAUACUAGCUUGCUGUAAAUAAACUAUUAAACAAGUUUAUGAAUUUUUAUUACAGUAAUGAGAAUUUGAGAGGAAUAUGUGCUUAAUUGUUUUGAAAACUGUUAAAAUUAAAAAAAAAAAAUCCUGAUGAGCAUUAGUUUUCUUGUACUUCUUCGCCUUUAUCAGGACAAUAGACUAUAAAGUAGGGGUGCAAUGUUGGGGAAUUAAACCUGGGUGUUCUUUGACAUGUCUUGACUUGUGAGCAUUUGCACAACCCACUGUUUCACAGCAUCAACAGGCUUCAUUUGCUUUAAGCUAAAACUAAUAUUUCUUUUGAUUUGGGGUGAAAUAUGACCCACUCUUGACAGUUUUUGUGAGGUUGACACUAAAACUGGUUGUGUCAGAUUUUUUUUUUUUAAGAACGUCAGAUCUGUAUUAUUCUUUUUUUUUUUUUUUUACCACGUGUUGGGAAUGUGUUCUCACUUCUGAUGUCCACAGAACCUUAUUCUUUGCUUUCCAAAUAAAGCCAAAUGCCACCAAAGUGUAUGGGUGAAAAUUAAAUUGUUUAUU